UCAUGCACAGCGAGCAGACAGCCUGUCAAGUACACGUGGGUGUGGUUUUCCAGGAAGCUGUAGGUGAGAGAUCACCGACCGGUUUGUUGACUACACGAACAUCGAUUUACAUCUUCUCAGAAUCUUGUGUGUGCAGCCGAGUAGAGAAUUGAAAAAGACUGAGCAAGAGAACUGAUCACAGAGGACAUGGCGGUGGCAAUCAACCAGCAAAAUGUGAUGGCCCCCCAGUACGGGUACCCGCAGCCUGUGAUAAUGCAGCCGCAAAUGUCGUCCACCAACAACACCACAGUCGUCAUCAACCAACAGUCCGCUGGACCUGCGUACCACGGGCAGCGGGCAUGGAGCACCGGCCUCUGCGGCUGUUUCGACGACUGCGGCAUCUGUUGCUGUGUCACGUUCUGCGGGCCGUGUGCAGAAUGUCAGCUGUCCAUGGACAUGGGAGAGCAUUGCUGUGUCCCCCUGUGUGUACCUGGCUGGCUUGUCGUUCUUAGAACAAAACUGCGAACUCAGCACAACAUUCAGGGAGGAGUCAUGAAUGACUGCUGCACCAUCUACUGUUGUUAUCACUGCGUCCUCUGUCAGAUGAAAAGGGAGGUGAAACUUACAAGGGGAAUUCGUUAAAUCAGACGAGAGCUGUGAAUCCCAGUCCUCGCUGUGGAGCUGGAACUAAUCGGACCAUUGUCUUUUAACUCCGCAAUUAAAGAGACUAUGCAGACUAUGCAACCUAAACAGCUUUAUUUGACUAACACCUUUGGUUUUGAGUUUGAAAAGUUAUCUUUCUUCAUUUUAACUUUCUUUGAAGUAACUACUAUUUUACAAGGCUACUUGAACCGCAUCAGGAGGAUGUUUUAUUUCCAUACCUGUGAGUACUAUAUAUAUCAAUUGUUGAUUAUAGAAAAAAACUCAAUGAUUGUUAUAAAUAAAGUAUUUUCUUCGCU